CACUUCCGGUUCCAACCCCCACUCACUCCGGGUUCCACCACUUCCGGCCUCACAGCGGAAGCUGUGGGCUUGUUGUGCGCAUGCGCCCGCUCUUCCCGCCGUUUUCCCCCCCUUGUGACGUCAUCACGCGCGACAAAAGAAGGCCCAACAUGGCGGCGCCCGUCGAAGAAGAACCGGAGGCGGGCCGAAGCUGGCUCGGUUGUCCAACCGGACCCGAACGCGAUCGUCAAUUGCUUAUAUGAGCGUUUUAUCCAGAGUCCUUCACCUUGCGGUCGGUAUUUGGGCGGGAAUAAUUACGGAGAAAUCGCCAUCUUUGCUAGCGGCGGCAUUGGGACCGGGGACACGGAAGAGAGUAAAAAACCGCUGUUCUGCUUCGCGGCGCAUCGAGGCCCGGUCUAUGCUUUGGCCUGUGGGGAACGGCAACUGCUGAGCGCCAGCGAUGGGGAAAUCAAGGCCUGGAACUGGGCCGACCUGGCUAAAAAGGGUUGUAAAGAGGUUUGGACCAGGAGACCACCCUGCAGGAGCAGCCUGGAGGUCCCGGAGCUCAACAGCAUCCAGAUCAACCAUAGGGAUAACUCGUUAGUGAUGGCGGGGGGGGACGGGGUGGUCAGAGCCAUGGACCUGGAGAGCGGGGCCUUCACUGAGUUAUGGGAUCUGCGCCAUGGAUCCCAAGUGCAGCUGAUUGAGGUGCACAAAUACCCGGAAUGCAGCCGACCCCAACAUGGGAAAUGGAUCCGCUGUGUGGCCACCGACUCUGACUGGAUG